AUGGCCUAUUUGCAGAUGGCGUCUAAUAGACACUUAUCAGAACCCGAAGGUCUUCAAGAUAAAGUAGCCGAAGAGCUUAGUGACGUUUACAAGGAAGAGGGUGCUACAGGCUUGCUAACCAGAGUAAGGGAGAACCUGAAUGAAUGGAGAAACAUUCCUUUAAAUAUUGCUGUAACUGGUGAUUCUGGAGCAGGCAAAUCAAGUUACAUAAACGCUUUGUUAGGCAUCAAUCUUAAAGGCACAGGGGCUGCAAAAGUUGAUGUUGUAGAAACAACAAAAGACAAUACACCCUAUCAACAUCCCGAACAUCCCAAUCUUAUUUUAUGGGAUCUUCCAGGAAUCGGUACAGCCAACUUCCCACAAAAAACAUAUGUAGAGAAAGUUAAUUUCAAAAAGUUCGAUUUUUUUCUGAUAUUGUCAUCGGAUAGGUUUACGGAAAACGAUAUGUGGUUAGCAGAACAAGUCAAAUUGCUCGAUAAAAGCUUUUAUUUUAUUCGUACUAAAAUUGAUGCUGAUAUCAGAAACGACAAACGUGCUCACCCGAGAACGCAUUCAGCGGAUAAAGUUGUAGCUAAAAUUCGACAGCACACAUUGCAGCAGCUUCGGCACAUAUUUCACAACCCCUUAGUGUUUCUCAUUAACAACUUCAAAAAAGACGAGUUUGACUUUCAAGCGUUAGCAGAACGUCUAAUUGAAGAUGCUCCGAAUAUCAAAAAAGAGGCCUUAGUUUUAUCGCUUACCUUGCUCACUGGAAGUAUUAUUAGAGAAAAAGAAAAAUAUCUUAAUAAAAGAAUAUAUGUCGUAUCGGUAGCGUCUGCUAUAGCAGGAGCUGUGCCGGUUCCUGGAGUAGGAUCCGCUGUUGAUAUCGCAAUUCUUUUAGAAGAGGCAGUUUUCUAUCGACGUCAACUACGUUUGGAUGAUGCUUCUCUUCAAAUAGAUGCAAACUCUUUAAAAACUCCAUUAGAUGAACUUAAAACAAAACUUCAACUGAAAAGUACUGUUAUCCAGUUCACUGCAAAAGGACUUCUUGCGUUUUUUGCUGGACUUGGAAUCUCGAACGUAGCGGAGAAUGCAUUGAAAAUUGCAAUUCCAAUAAUUGGAAGUCUGCUUUCCGCAGGCCUGUCAUAUGGGACCCAGGUUUAUUGUUUGAAGAGUUUACUUAAAGUUAUGGUUAAAGAUGCCCGAUCUAAACACAGGCAGAUAUCUGUCAUGAUGGCCGAAAAUAUUAGUAAAUGA